AUGGAUUCACCAGUGCGCGAUUCCAUACCACAUGAAGAGCUCCAACCCGGCAUCCAGUAUGACAUUCCAUUCAAAUUCAUUGUCCCUCUCGAGCUUCCAGUGCAGGUUUGUCAUCACAAGUGUUGCAGUGCACAGCUUCAGCAAGAACAUUUGAAUCUACCUCCAAGCCUUGGACAUACAAGCAAAUACUUUGAUGUGACGCAUGACAUGGCUCCGAAGGAAGCGCAGGUUAUCUAUGAGAUUGCGUUCGCUAUUUGGGAUACCGACAACUCGAAGGAUGGUCGGAUGAAAAAGACCCAAGAGUACAACUGUCCGAUCUACAUCCUGCCGAAAAGCCGUGAAGGUGCGCCUAUUCUCGUUCCCUCUAGGAGCGAGUAUUAUCGACUCACUUCACAAAAAACCCUCACUAAAGGACUUUUUCGAUCCUCUUUGGGAUUGAUGAGGGCUUCAACGGCUCAGCCUCCAGCAAUUCAAACAUCAACAAGUUUACUUCGGGAUAAUUUGGAAUUAACAACAACUCUACGAGUUGAUCUCACCUUUGAAUCUACACAUCCGCACAUUAAACCUCCAUCAUCAAUAGCUCCAAAGCUACAUCUUAAAGCAAUGACCUUUUUGGGACUGGAGCCUUGGGAGCAAUUUCCCAACCAGACUCACCCGAGUACAUGGGACGCUCAAAAAGCAUACCGGUUUGAAAACAUUACUUUGUCGUCCAAUAAAAUGGUCCUUGAUUGGAGGUCUCAGCCAAAGACUCGGAAGUCCGACCGUGAACCAAGCUGCCACACGGUAUACACGGCUUCCGUUGAUAUAUUGGUCGUGUUGCCGGGGAAUUAUCUUUAUCCUCCAACUUUUCAUUCUUGUUUUAUCUCUCGGGUGUAUUCUCUGUCAACAAAUUUGAGCUUCCAUUCUCAUGAUAAAGCAUCUGGAAAUACACGCCUAUCUAUGAAAGCCCCCGUGCAAAUACUUGUGACAUGA